CAAAUAAUAAAAAAACAAAAGGGUCCAGAAGAAUCUAAAACCAGCACAGGAUAUCAUUGUUCAAUGACUUUUUGGCCGCCACGUAGCAGCCUAGCCCAUUGGAAAAAAAAAGGAAAUUAAGCGGCUUUUGUUAUUGUUGCUGAGGCGCCGUGGUAUGCCCCAAUUCUAUCUUCUUCAAAGUCCCCAUAUAAAAAAUAGUUAAAAGAGAGAGAACUAGAAAGGAAGCACAGUGGCUGUUAAGAUACAUAAUAAAAUCCUUCGAUUUGACAGAUUCCGCAGAGAAGGAGAUCUAUACUCUAAAGAGGAGUAAAAGAAAGAAUAUGAUACUAGUGGCCAUAGUUGCAGAGCUGCUGGAGGAGUACACGGCGGUACUGGCAAGGAUGCUGGAGCACAUGUUUAAUGAAGCCCCUUUCCCAAGGCGGAUUCGUUUCCUCAUUCUGCGCAGCCUGCCUUUCGCUUCUUCCUCACACCCUCCUCCUUUAAUUCGAGGUCCUGCUUCAGCUUAAUUACAAUGUUUUGAAUUCCGGUUCUGUGUACAUAUUUGGAGGAUUUUGUUUCUCUGUACUAGUUUGUUUGAUUUGAUUAGAUUAAUGUUCUUCAAUCUUCAAUAUUUGUUUGAUUUAAUUUUACUUUUAGCCUUUA